AUCACUUCCGUCCCGCACCACAGUAAUGGCGGCCGUGGGGUUGCGGGGCGCUGAGGCCGAGGCUCUGUUCGAAGCUCACACAGCGGCCGAGCUGCGUGAGGCGGAACGGAAACUGCGGGCCGGCAUCGAACAGAAGCGAGAAGAGCUGAGACAGAUGGUGGGAGAACGAUACCGAGACCUGAUCGAGGCGGCUGACACCAUCUCGGAGAUGAGGCUGAGCGCUGAGAGGCUGCUGGGCUCCGUGCGGGGCCUACAACGAGGCGGGGUGACGAGACCCAGCCCAGCUCCGCAGGAGCCGCCACGGCUGCACGAGAAGCUGUAUCGAGCUGCCUCACAGCUGAAGCUGCUGUUGGAUAUCCCCGAACGGGCGUGGAGCGCUAUGGAAGCCGGGCGGUACCUGCCCGCCGCUCACCUCUACCUGCUCUGCCGUCACCUGCACGGUUUGAUGCAGCUCGAUGCUCCCCGGGCUCGUUACAGCCCCAUUCUGGCUCGUUUCCCCAUCCUGCUGCGCCAAGUGGCCGCCGCCAGCCACUUCAGAUCCACAAUCUUGCAGGAGAGCAAGUCUCUGCUGAAGUCCCAGACCGUGUCAGACCAGGCAGUGGCAGAAGCCUUGUGUGCCAUCAUGCUCCUGGAGGACAGCUCCCCACGCCAGGCUCUUGCAGACUUCCUUCUGGCCAGGAAACUGGCAAUCCAACAGCUUCUCAACCAGCCACAUCACGGUGCUGGUAUAAAAGCUCAGGUGUGUUCACUGAUGGAGCUGCUGACCACUACCCUGUACCAGGCUCAUGCACUCUUCUACAUGAUGCCUGAAGGGGUGCCACCAGAUCCAGCCCUACCCUGUGGCUUACUCUUCUCCACCCUGGAAAGCACUACAGGCCAACAGCCAGCAGGGAAAGGUGGGGUUCUGGAGGAUGAGGUGAAGCUGAGCAGCUGGUUCAGGUACCUCCCAGAGUCUGUAGUGGAGUUCCAGCCAACUCUGCGGACCUUGGCACACCCCAUCAGCCAGGACUAUCUCAGAGACACACUGCAGAAGUGGAUUGCCAUGUGCAGUGAGGAUAUCAGGGCAGGGGUCAGCAACCUGCUGGUCUACGUGAAGAGCCUGAAAGGCCUUGCAGGGAUUCGUGAUGCAGUGUGGGAGCUGCUCACAAGCGAGUCCAUAAGUCAGAACUGGGAUGUGUUGUGUCGUCGCCUUUUGGACAAGCCUGCUUCUUUUUGGGAGGACUUGCUGCGGCAGCUCUUCCUGGACAGGCUGGAGAUACUGACUAAAGAAGGGUUUGAAUCCAUCUCAAGCAGCUCCAAACAGCUUCUCAUCUUAGCCCUGCAGGAACUUGAGGCCAAAUCCAACACCUCUGCCUUGAGCAAGCACAUCCAGUUUGAACACAACGUGGCCCAGUUCCUGUGGUCAGAGAGCUCUGGAGAUCUGCCUUCAGAUGCUGCUUGGGUCAACGUGGCAAACCGCAGCCAGUUUGCCAAGAGCGGCCUGUCUAUGAAGGCCCAGGCACUCACACCAUGUGUGCAGAGCUUCUGCUCAGCUCUGGACUCGAAGCUGAAAGCCAGAUUGGAUGACCUGCUGUCCUACCUUCCUGCAGAGUCUUCAGCCACCAAAGAGCUCACUCCCACCUUGCAGCCUCGCUCAGCCUUUGACCGCUAUGCUGACACCAGCAUGGUGGAAGGGCUGCUCCGUGAUCACUGCAUUGCCUGCAUCCACCAUGUGCUGGGCUGUGUGCGUGAAGAGCUCCAGGGUGCACAGGCGGAUGCUCCCAGUAAUACCAGGCUCCAUGCUGUCCUUUUCAUGGCCAGGCUCUGCCAGUCCCUGAGCGAGCUCUGUCCUCACCUCAAGCAGUGUAUCCUGGGCCAGUCAGGCAGCGCAGAGACAGCACCGAAGGAAACCCGCUCCACCAAGAAGCUGGGGAAGGGGAAAGUCCAAGAAGUGAAUCCUGUGCAAGCCAAGUGGCAGGAGGUGAAGGCAGAACUCCUGCAGCAGAGCUUGGCUGCUUACCAGAUCUGGAGCUCUGCUGUCACUAAAGCUCUGGUUCAGUGCUUUACUCAAACCUUGCUGCUAGACACAGCCGGUUCUGUGUUGGCCGCAGCCACCAACUGGGAUGAGAUUGAAAUUCAGGAGGAGGCUGAGUCUGGAAACAGUGUAACAUCAAAGAUCCGUCUGCCUAUGCAGCCAUCCUGGUACGUCCAGUGCCUCCUCUUCAGCCUGUGCCAAGAGGUGAACAGAGUCGGUGGUCACACUCUGCCAAAGGUCACCUUGCAGGAGCUGCUGAAGGCCUGCAUGGCAGAAGUGCUUGCUGCCUAUGAAAAGCUCAUGGAGGAGAAGCAGGACAAGAAAGCAGGCACCUUCCCCAUGACACAGAACAGAGCUCUGCAGUUACUCUACGAUCUGCGGUACCUGAAUAUCAUCUUGACAGCGAAGAGUGAGGAAGCAAAAACCAGCAGGAUCAAGCAUGACUCCAGGAUUGAGAAGGUGACUGACUUCCUGGAGGGACACAUUGAUCCAUUUGACUUGGAUGUUUUUACACCACACUUAAACAGCAACCUUAAUCGCCUGGUUCAGCGAACCUCUGUUCUCUUUGGCUUGCUGACUGGGACAGAGAACCAGUAUGCAAGCAGGAGCGGUGCUGUCAGCUCCCAGGAGCUCCAUAAUAUCUUACCCUUAGCAUCCAGCCAGAUCAGGUUUGGACUUCUGCCACUCAGCAUGUCAAGUUCACGAAAGGCUAAAUCUGCUACCAGGAACACAGAAAGAGUUCAGUGCGAUGCUGACCUUUAACUCCUGAUGAAGUUGGCCUGGGUAUUUCAGCCUGUGUGAAUGGAGUGGCUUGCUUCUCUUGCAAAGGCUCUGCCUUGUCUCGCUGCUGUUCUACUAGCAGACAAACACGCUGCCAUGUUUCCUCCAGUCUAAAACAUUUGCUUAGGUGGAGCUCCCUGUGCUGAGGAUUGAAAGAGCCAAGGGAUACUUUACUGCUACAGGAAGCAGUGAUCCAUCUUCUUUAGCCAUUAACAAUCUAAUAAUCAAAUUAGCAGAGUGUUACUUGAGAUGCUGGCAUUUCCUCUGCAAUUCUCGUUCUUUAUGAUUUAGAAGUACUAAAAAAAGACACAGUAUCAGGGUUAUUUAAAAAGCUUAAAGCUUAACACUAAAUGUAUUCCUUACCUCUUUCACCUCAGCUGUAGUAGCGUGUAGAAGUGUGCAGUGAUGUCUGUCUUGCUUCCACCAUCCCCCUGCUAUGGGGGCAGCAAUGGCUAUGGAGUACAUGGACUUUCUGUAUUCACUCCUCUCUGCAGAAUCACUUGUUCCUUUUAUCAUAGGACAGUUCUAGAGAGGUUAAAGUCCACAAUUGCUCAAGAGCAGCUCUACAAAAGCAACAGCUGUACUUUUACUGUUGUUCCCCCAUUGCUCUGAGCAACAACAGCCCUUUCCCUACUGCAGACUUACUACAUUUGAGCACUGAAUGACUUCUGUAUAGUUGCUAACAAGAAGAAGCUGUGCAUCCACCUCUCAGAACAACCUUUUGCUGCGUAUCACUGCAAAGCCAGUUAGGUUGUCUGGAAACAGCUCUUCUGCUGCAGUCUGUGCCCCCUUGCAGCUCCUAUAGAUGAGGGUUUGGUCAAAGGUAUGCUGUAAUCAUUCCUGACUCUCUUGUAUUUAAAUACAGGUUCCACCUCCUGCACUCACAAGAGCAGAAGACGAGGCCUUGCGCCCUGGCUCCUUGUUCAGGCAGCUUGUAACUGAGGAGGAAGACACAGCUGCACCUUCUCUCUUCAAGCUGGGAUGGCUUUCUGGCAUGACCAAGUGAUUCAAUAAAAGAGUUUGCCUCUGCA